CCCUCCGCCGCGGAUCAAAACAAAAAAGUCCUUCCUCGAAGCCGCCUCCGUGGUCGUUUUGUUCCGCUGAUCGCCAGCUGAAAUCGUUCGAUCCGGUUCCGGUGGUUCUUAGCUCUCCGUCACCGUGAUUAUUCCGUCGAGUUGUGUCGACCACAGAGCAUCCGCUAUCUUUUAGUUUGUUCAGUUCCGGAACACGACAGUGGUCUCCGAAAUGGCUCUCUCGCUGUGCAGGACACAAAUUCUGAACCGAGCUAGUCGGCGACUAAGUGGCAGAAUAUUGGCCUGGGAAAUCUCCAAGGUACUCGCCUGCCAAUAUUCGACGCAAAAGCGCAGCAAAGUCUAUGGAAGCGCGGACGAGGCGAUCGCCGAUAUUCCCGACGGCGCUAAGCUGUUGGUCGGUGGUUUCGGAUUAUGCGGUAUCCCCGAAAACUUGAUUGCGGCCCUCGUCAAGAAGGGCACGAAGAACCUGACCGUCGUGUCCAAUAAUGCCGGAGUUGAUACGUUUGGACUCGGGCUGCUGCUCAAGGAGAAGGCGAUCAAACGUAUGAUCGCUUCGUACGUUGGCGAAAAUGCCGAGUUCGAGCGUCAGUACCUGUCCGGCGAACUGGAGCUGGAGCUAACGCCGCAGGGCACGCUAGCGGAGAGGAUUCGUGCUGGCGGUGCCGGUAUUCCUGCCUUCUUCACACCCACAGCCUACGGAACGCUCGUUCACGAGGGUGGCUCUCCGAUCAAGUACGGCGCCGGCGGUACGAUCGAGAUCGCGAGCGAACCCCGCCAGAUGCAGCUGUUCAACGGCAAACCGUACAUCAUGGAGGAGGCUAUUACGGGAGACUAUGCGCUGAUUAAGGCCCACAUCGCCGACGAGGCCGGUAAUUUGAUUUUCAACAAAUCGGCGCGUAAUUUCAACCCUCCAAUGUGCAAGGCGGCUAAGGUGACGAUCGUAGAGGUGGAGCAGAUCGUGCCAGUUGGCGAACUCGAUCCGGAUCAGGUGCACAUGCCGAGCGUGUUCGUGCAUCGCAUCAUCAAGGGACCGGCGUUCGAGAAGCGCAUCGAGCGGUUGCGAGUGCGGGAUGCGAAGAAGAGCGCCUCGGUCGUUUCCUCGACUCCGGCUGCUAAGAUGCGCGAACGCAUUGUAAAGCGUGUCGCGAUGGAGUAUCGGGACGGUAUGCACAUCAACCUUGGCAUCGGUAUCCCGGUGUUGUCCUCGAACUUCAUCCCGGAGGGUAUGAAUGUGCUGCUCCAAUCGGAGAACGGCAUUCUCGGACUCGGUCCAUUCCCGGAGAAGCACGAGGUCGAUCCGGACUUGAUUAAUGCUGGCAAGGAGACCGUUACCGUGCUUCCCGGGUCUUCCUACUUUUCGUCCGAUGACAGCUUCGCCAUGAUUCGUGGAGGACACAUCGACAUUACCGUGCUCGGUGCGAUGGAGGUGUCACAGUACGGUGAUCUAGCCAACUGGAUGAUUCCGGGUAAACUGGUGAAGGGUAUGGGUGGAGCGAUGGAUCUAGUAGCCGCCCCGGGCACCAAGGUGAUCGUCACGAUGGAGCACAACGCCAAGGAUGGUUCGCACAAGAUUCUGGCCAACUGCAAUCUGCCAGUAACGGGGCGGAACUGCGUUGACAUGAUCGUCACCGAGAAGGCCGUCUUCAAUGUGGACAAAGAGCACGGACUCACGCUGAUGGAAUUGGCCGAGGACUGUACGGUCGAGGAGGUCAUCACUAGCACCGGCUGCGAUUUUGCCGUAUCGCCGGAUCUUAAAAAGAUGGCUCAAGUGGACGAUGCGUGAUUAUGAAACCGCCACGGGACGGGCUUUCGUGUUCCCCAGAGCUGAAGGAGAUGGGAAUGGCAUUUAAUGGCCGGUGGCAACUCUGGUACAACAAUCUUUGCUGUGCCAUCGAAAGGUGACUGGAGUUUGUUAAAUUGUUUCAACCCUUUUUUUAAACCCCCUUUCUCCAACCACGUUAACGGAUUAGAACGUUCUAAGAACACACAACACACACGCACUAGCACACAGGAAAAACGAUAAGGAAGGGUUUGUCUGUAUGUUAACAGAAAAUCUAGAUUAAGCUCGGUCGCAUGAUGUGACGAUAAACGAAUGGAAAUAAACGAAAGUACGUAUCGAAUGAAAUGGA